AUGGCUCUUAACACUUCAGUACGUUUGGUGAUUUGUUGGCUUUCCAUUGCAUUUUUAAAAGAAUGUGAUGCAGCAGUAAGAUAUUCCUACUAUCGCUACUACUACUACUCGUACACCAACUAUUAUUACAGUUACUACAGCAGCUCUACUUCUAGUUCAAGUGUUGGACUGUAUGUAGGAAUUGUCUUUGGAAUUGCGGCCUUUUGUACUCUUGUGAGUAUUGUGAUCUGCUGCCUCUGUUGCCGAAGAAGACAGAACACUUCUGGUAUAGUACUCACUAAUCCAUCAACGCAGCAAACGAUUGUUACAUCAAAUGUUUCUGCAGGAGUUACCUAUCCUCAACAGCCAAAUCAAUACGAUGGCCAAUGCAAUACAGCAUUUCAUUAUGGAAUGGGAGCCCCUGGCCAAACUUUUGACAAUUCUUCUGCUCCACAGAACGAUGAAUCAGCACCAUCUUACGAGUCGGUGGUAGGUCAAAAUGGACCUAUUUCCUCUUCCUUCCCAAUGCAGGAAAACGUUUCGAACACGACAUGUUCUUUGCCAUACAAAACUUGAAAGUUUCUACAUACAGUUUCGAAACAUACAUUAACCUUUACUAUUCUUUGACAGUCUUAAUUUUUCUUUGCAGACAAAUAGAUGAAAUAUACUGAUAUGCAAAUAAAUAGUUGAUCACUCUUAGAUUAUUCAUAUCUUUAAUGAUGCUAUAGCAGGGACAUAUGUGUUCCUUGGAACACUCUAGUUUGUGUAUUUUUUACCCCUUGUGACAAAAAGAUAUCCAUGAAUAAAAGAUUUAAAUAUU